AUGCAGUCGGAGAACAGCACGGGCACGACGAGCCGCCCGGAACCCGCGGCGGCGGAGCAGGAGGUGCCGGGAGACCGUCCCCUCUUCAGCGCCAGCACUUACGAGCUGCUGGCACUGCUCGUCGCCACCAUCGGCAUGCUGGGCUUGUGCAACAACUUGCUGGUACUGGUGCUCUACUACAAGUUCAAGCGGCUCCGCACGCCCACCAACCUCUUCCUCGUCAACAUCAGCCUCAGCGACCUGCUGGUGUCCGUCUUCGGCGUGAGCCUUACCUUCAUGUCCUGCCUGAGGAGCCGCUGGGUGUGGGACGCCGCCGGCUGCGUCUGGGACGGCUUCAGCAACAGCCUCUUCGGAAUUGUUUCAAUUAUGACUCUCACUGUUCUUGCCUAUGAACGCUACAUGCGAGUAGUCCAUGCAAAAGUGAUUGACUUCUCUUGGUCUUGGCGGGCUAUCACGUACAUCUGGCUCUACUCAUUAGCCUGGACUGGAGCACCUCUUUUGGGCUGGAACAGAUACACACUGGAAAUCCAUGGAUUAGGUUGCUCAGUGGACUGGAAGUCAAAAGAUCCCAAUGAUACCUCCUUUGUGAUCCUUUUUUUCCUUGGCUGUCUAGUAGCACCUGUUGGGAUCAUAGCCUAUUGCUAUGGCCAUAUUGUUUAUGCAAUAAGAAUGCUUCGCUGUGUGGAAGAUUUCCAGACUGUUCAAGUGAUCAAACUUCUAAAAUAUGAAAAGAAGGUGGCUAAAAUGUGUUUCUUAAUGAUCUCCACAUUCCUUAUUUGUUGGAUGCCCUAUGCAGUGGUUUCCCUCCUGGUAACAUAUGGCUAUAGCAACCUUGUAACUCCAACAGUAGCCAUCAUCCCAUCUUUCUUUGCCAAGUCAAGCACUGCUUACAAUCCAGUCAUCUAUAUCUUCAUGAGUAGAAAGUUUCGACGAUGCCUUUUGCAACUCCUGUGCUUUCGCUUGAUGAGAUUCCAGAGGACCGUAAAAGAGACACCAGUGACAGGGAAUAACAAACCAAUACGGCCAAUAGUUAUGUCUCAGAAAGCAGGAGACAGGCCAAAGAAGAAAGUGACUUUCAGCUCUUCCUCUAUAAUUUUUAUAAUCACCAGUGAUGAAACUCUGCAAAUAGAUGACAACAGUAAACACAAUGAGACAAAAGUAAAUGUCAUUCAAGUAAAGCCACUAUAGAGAUGAGUUAAAGAGAUGUGAGAAUGAGAUGGAC